AUGAAAGCUCUUGUGGCAACUCGAUCUCUGCCAAAACAAAUACUGAAUCUCGCCUCUGGCUCCUCAUUCGGCCAAUGUGCACAAGUCACAGACCUACCGAUUCCCCAAAUCACCGAUAGUGAGAUCCUGGUUCGGGUGCAUUCUGUUGCUCUCAACCCAAUCGACUUCAAGCAUAUCGACUUUAUUUCUCCAAAUAAAAGUCUGAUCGGUUGCGAUUAUGCCGGGGAGGUGUCUGAGGUUGGGAAAGCCAUGGCGGGUCGUUGGAAAGUAGGAGACAGAGUAGCUGGUUUCGUGCAUGGUGGCCAGUACCCUGAUGUCGGCUCCUUUGCUGAAUAUUUGAAAGUCGAUGGGGAACUCGCCUGGAAGAUACCUGGUGGAAUCAGCCAUUCUGAGGCUGCCACAUACGGGAUCCCAGCAGCUACUGCCGUGCUUGCACUGUCAUAUCUUGAUAUCUCUUGGGAAGAUAUCUCCACUAGCUCAAAAGCAAACUUAUCCGAAAGAACACCAAUUCUCAUUUAUUCGGGUGGCUCCAAUGUGGGACUGUUUGCUAUUCAAUUCGCAAAACGGGCUGGUCUUCACGUUGUUGUGACGGCAUCUCCACGGUCCUUCGAUCUUGUCAAAAGCUACGGCGCCGACGCCGUAUUCGAUUACCAAUCACCCACCGCGAUCAGGGAAAUUUCCAAAGCCUAUCCAAACAUCACCAAGGCUUUGGACUGCUUUUCGGAAGGGAAAUCUUCUCAAUUCUGCGCGGAGGUGUUGUCCAAAGGGCGAGUUAUAACACUGCUCGAUCAAGGCAAGCCGAAAAAGGUAGACAUUGAGUAUAAAUUCCUGAUGGUUUAUACUGUUUUUGGUCGCCCAUUUUCUCUGCUGGCCCCAUUGGGUCCCACGUUUCCAGUUGUACCCAACGAUCACAAAGUUCUAAGCCAAUUUUAUGCCGAUCUGGGCCGAUUGUGCCAUGAUGUGAAGGCACCACCUGUUACAGUCACAAGGGGAGGAUUUGAUGGGAUAUUGGAAGGCCUUCAGAAACUUCGCAAAGGAGAAUCCCGCGGUACCAAACUUGUUUUAGAGAUUUCUCAAUGA